UACAAAUCCCAUCAUGCUAUUAGGGAAGUUCUCUUUGGCUGCCAUCAUGGUAGGUUAUCGUGAAUAUUAAGAAAUGGGGAACAGAAUCCACCAUCAUCUCUGUGUCUGAGCCGUAUUUGCCACUCUCGCAUCACACGUUAUAAUAUAAUAAUUUUGAGGAAAUGUACUGUGUAAUUAUUUUGAGGGUUUGCUUGUGAUAAAGGGUGUAACAUCGCUUUAGAAAUACCGCAUACUCACAUCUAAAUCAGCUUUGCAGCGAUAACAGGAACACUUUUUUAGAUUUUCAAGCACAAUGACUCCUUAGAAUUUAUGUUAAAAUGUAACUGGAUAAACGCUUAUGCGUAUUUAUUUCUGAACAGCAAGAUGACUUAACGAUUGUUUUCUUGGGAACUUUUUACACGCUUGAACAGCGACUGGUAGAAAAAUGAUCGGUCUUUAUACAAAAGCUAACCUUGAGAUUUUAAUCGUUUAUCUUUGUUGUAACUGUCAUAUUUAAAGCUAAAAUGUUGCUUCCCUAAGUCUUCUUUGCCUUGGCAUCAACUAAAUGUGCUUAGGUGUUGUCACCAUAACAUUUACUUCGUUUCACAGGCCCUAGUUGUUCCUGAGAAGUUUCAACACAUUCUGCGUGUUCUCAACACCAACAUAGAUGGAAAACAAAAAAUUAUGUUUGCUCUGACCGCAAUCAAGGUCAGUAGAAAGAAUAGUUAUUUACAAUUUAUUUCGUUUACUAUUAGAAUUAUGUUAUUGGAGUGAAAAUCCUCUUUCGAAAAUUUUUGGUUCUGAUUUGAAGUAAGAAAGAUGGUUUGUAUGUCACGUUGAUGUCAAGUGUGAUGUGUGAAAGUACAGUUAAACCUGUAUUAAGCAGUCACCCUAAGGGAUUGGCCAACUGAGUUGCAGUGAUACACAACAAUGCGUUGGUAAACAGUGAUAUUUCUUUUGAUGAUACAUAUUGAUAUUAAUUUGGGGUGUUCCCUGGUGUUGUGGAAACUGUUGUUGGUUAGCUCUUGUAUUUUGGUGUGAGUAUUGAUCAUUGUCUUUUUAAUUCUUUGUUUUACAUCAUUUGGUGAUUACACCUGUCCAUAACACCAAGAAACUAUCUUAAUUUUGAACAAGUAAUCAGGAAAAAAUAAUCCAAACCAAUAUGCUACAUUGUCAAAUUUGUGAAAUCCCUGCAUUACAUAUUCCUCUCCCAAGCCCUGCAUAUUUAUAGUCUUUGCAAGGUACUUCAUGGUGAAAAAGCAAACUGUCCCUGGCUCAUGUGCUUCUUGUCUUAUUCAAAGUGGCAGAAAAGAAGGCAAAUAAAUGCAUGCAUAGCUAUGUCACUUGUUAGUUGUAAGUUGCACAGUCAUGUGUGUCCACAAGCCACACAUGCUGGCGGUAGAACUUCACAAUUGGUCACUAUGCUCGUCGCACCCAACAAUGUAUCAAAUUGUGUACUAUAUCAUGGGCUGUUUAUUGCAGUUUAUAUUGAAUUGAGGUAAAAUAGAGAGCUUUACAUUUUAGGGAGCGGGAUGACUACAAGGACAACACUGAACUUAAAGUUUUUUUUGUGUAUUCCCUAGAAACGGACACCCCAGAAAGCUUCAUUGUACUUUUUUUCACCACAAUUGUUAGAAUGCUUAUUUCUAUUGAAGUCGGCUAAGCCCUCUCCUGAUUGCCGAAUAAUAACAUUCCUACGAUUUGAUAAAUUGUUUUCACCACUACAACAUUCUUGCUAAAACUUGUACUAGAAUGGCUAUCACAUUUUCCUGCCAAAAUGCUGGUGGUUCAUCUGCACGCACUAAACUUAGUGUUGGGAAAAUCUUGUACUUGUAGUCUUCCUCCUCUUAUAAUUAGAAGCUAAAGGGAUCUAACGCAACAUUGCAGCCCUACCAGGAAGUAGUUGAUUUACAUGUACCAACCCAAGAUAGUUGAAGUGCGAACUUCCUGUUGAAUUUCACUGUAAUGUGGGCAUCAAACAUGUAUUUACUUUAUUUCCAGGGCGUGGGACGGAGGUAUGCCAACCUUGUUUGCAAGAAGGCUGAUGUUGACAUGAAAAAACGUGCAGGAGAACUUACAGAUGAUGAGGUAAAAUAAAUGAUUUAAUGAACAUGUACCGGCGACAAGUCAGUGAAAAUUCUGCAUCAACAUAAUAAUUAUUUUCUUUCAGCAAAAAAAAGUUUCCUUUCUCAUUUAUUUUGGUGCAUAGGCAUUGACCAUUUUGACGCAAUAUUUUUGCUUUGACAGGUGGAGCGUGUCAUUACUAUAAUGCAGAAUCCAAGGCAGUACAAAAUCCCUGAUUGGUUCCUUAACAGGCAGAAGGACAUCAGAGAUGGCAAAUACUCACAGGUAUAGAAAUUAAUGUGAAAACUUGAUGCAACCCUCCAAAUUGCUACCAUUUUAGCCACCAUGGUUACUUAAAUUUAAAUACAAGUGAAGUCUAGCCUGUGUUGCAGAUGUACUGUAAUCUAACCUUGGUUAUAUGCAGGAGUGUCUGCGAAGCAGCACCAAGAUCUUUGUUCUGGGCUCCCUAACGACUCUACGAAUUACCAGAAGUGCAUUUUGAGUUUCCUUUCAAACUGAUUGGCAAAUUGACAAUGGCUUUUUUAACAUGCCAAUCAUGGCAUGUACUUAAAUUCUGGUACACAGUUGGGGCCCAUUAAAAGGAUUUCAGUGCUGUUUCGUGGACAAACAUAACCACGAAUUAAUAAUUUUAGUUUUGUCUUUGGCGCAGGCUCAAAAAGUUGUUCUGAAUCAUGAAAAAUGUCAAUUCUAAUUGAUCAGAUGAGUGCGACAUCAAUAAGUAUUAUUAUUCUGGAUUUUUCUACUUAAUUGAGCACUUAACGAAGUCCAAAAGCUUAACAUUUUGAAAUAAACAUCAAUGAAACCUGACCUGAAACUUGCAUUUUUGUACAGCUCUACUGAGUCUUUUGCCCAGCACAUGACAUUUUGAUCUUGUGAUGCAUGACAAUUUGCAUUGAAGCAAUCAAAUUACAGUAAACUUUGCUUGUCGUUUUCUUCAAACACUAAGAAAUGCAUGCGUGGCCAAUCUCUGUAGGUACAUCUGUAGUCUUUUUAACUAGACUGCACAUUUUAUAGAUAUGUAUUUUGGCAUUCACUUGUAGAGGGAACUAAUAACUGUAGACUUGAGUAACAUGAAAGCCACGCAGUUGAACGUUUUGUAACUAAAACUUAAAGCAAUGAUUGCAGGUAAAACUAUCAGCAUUUUGGAUUACUGUAAUUAUUGCCAACGAGCCAUCCGAGCGAAGACGCUCGGAUGGCGAGGCGGCAGCAAAAUAGAGCCGCGUAAGACUGGGCAAUAGGCAGAAAAAUUCUCGAUCGAGCUGAAAAAAGUGUAACCCAAUGUAAUGUAGAUUCCCCUGAGACCAAGUGGUCAGUUGUGAACCAAUCAAAAGGCAGUACCUGGCGCACGGGCUCAAGUUGAAUAACAAACAAAAUUUCACACACUCCACGCCGUUGUGACUUCCUGUGUUUAUUUACCUAAAUUUUUUCGUCAAACCCGGCCACCGCAGUCAAGAGACAUGAGCACUUGAUAUAUUCUAUUAAUUUUAGGGGCCAUAAUGUUAAGUUUUAACGAAGAGAAGUUUGUAAAACAACAAAAGUGUUCUAUGUGCAGCAAGCAAUAUUCUCACCACUAAAAAGGAUCAGAUUACACGAGGAGAUAAGGAAAGCUUGACACGAAGAAUGCAGUCGCUUCUGUUGGAAAAUCUGGUGUUGGGGAAAAAAUCUAACCAGCAAACAAAAACAAUGAGAACAAAAACGAAUUACAAGCUUAAAGCGAACGACAAAGGAAAAGAAAACAACGCCAUUUUAUCGAAAACCUGGCCGAGUUCAGUAUUAAAAUAAUGAACUAAAAUUAAAUACCGACUGCUGUACAUCGCAUGUCCUUGGAAACAUUUCAGAUGGCCCAGCGAAUAUUCUAAGUUUCAAUCCGAUAACAAAAAGCCUCGGGAAAUUUGAAAGGAGGUUUAAAUCAUUAAACUGUGCAAAUAUUUAUCAACAAUGUGAAACCGAACCGACAGUAGAUUCGUAGCUGGACUUAAUAAUAUUCCCGAUCGCUUCCUCUGCAAAGCUGACUUUAUUCUUUCAAGGCACUUCACACUUUUACAUAGCAGGUUUGUAAAGCCACCAGACUGAAUCUGAGAACUUUUCAAGAAAAUAAUCCUUGCAACAGGAAGGGACCAAGAAACGGUCAAAUGGGAAAAAAAGGAAUUUUAUUCCUAAGCAAAAUACGCAUGAAUUGCUCGUUGGCACUCUAUCGAUAGGUAUACCUAGUUGUUAGUGAUGAUAAAGUAAAAAAAAAAAAAUGGUUGUUAUCUCUUGAGUGGUACUACGGUUCAUGUUUCUUUCAGUGAAUUGUAAAGCAAGUUUAGAUUACCAAAUUUAUUGGAAAAUAUCUUUCACAAGAUACAUUUAUAACAAAAUUGUUUGGGUGCAAAUGAACUGAUAAGAAAUCUGUCACAUUUAACAGAUAUUGUUUUGGCUGUAUAUCCUGGCACUUGAAAUUGAAUCCAAAGAGUUUUUUGUCAAAUGGCCUCUGAAGAAAACUAUUAACUUGGAAGGUUGUGAUGUAGUUAUUUUUAAAUGAUUUCAUAAACUGCGCUUAACAGUGCAAUGCCUUGUUGCCUUCAGAUACUUGCUAACAAUCUUGAAAGCAAGCUUCGUGAAGAUCUUGAGAGACUGAAGAAGAUCCGUGCUCAUCGUGGUCUUCGUCAUUACUGGGGGUAAUUAUCUUCUUAUUAUUUGUGUUUUAAAUGAAAUGAUAUUAUGUGUUGAGAGAAGAACACAGAUGGGAAUUGAACCCAUAACCUCCCAUACACUAGUCGGAUGCUCUAACCACAUUUGUCAUGGAAUUUUUAAAAGUUUUAGUGGAGUUGUCACUAAGAUUUCAAGUUGCCAGGUAAAUGCAACAAGUACAUGUAGGCAUGGAAUCAAAUAGCUAGGGAUUUCUUUUGGUUCUAUUUUUCUUCUAUUUUCCAAUGAAUGUAGUCGUGGGAAAUCCCUGGUGCCCAGCUCUUAACAACAGCCCUGAAAGAGUUACUGUUACAUAUUGUACACUGCAGCCUCUGAGAUCUAAAUUCAGUAAUUGUUCUAUUAUUCAUUCAAAAUGUUUCUUAAUUCUUUACAGCCUUGCUGCCUUGCCUCAAAUAUUUGUCCGAUUCUCAUAACCAUAAUUUUACCUUUUUUUUCAGUCUGCGUGUGCGAGGACAGCAUACGAAGACCACUGGUCGCAAGGGCAGAACUGUUGGUGUUGCCAAGAAGAAGAACUAA